AUGGAAUGGGGCCCGGGCUCAGACUGGUCACGGGGGGAGGCUGCCGGCGUGGACCGUGGGAAGGCGGGGCUGGGGCUCGGCGGGAGGCCACCCCCGCAGCCGCCCCGGGAUGAGCGCGCCCAGCAGCUGCUGGACGCCGUGGAGCAGCGGCAGCGGCAGCUCCUGGACACCAUCGCCGCCUGCGAGGAGAUGCUGCGGCAGCUGGGCCGCCGGCGCCCGGAGCCGGCUGGUGGCGGGAAUGUCUCAGCCAAACCUGGAGCGCCCUCCCAGCCAGCUGUCUCCUCCAGAGGUGGCUUUCCAAAGGAUGCUAGCGAUGGAGCUGCGGAGCCCUGA